CUUUACCAGCUUUCGGUCACACUGACGUCUAUGAGCGUGGAAAAGAAUAAGAGAAAUACGAUUUGUCAAAACGUUUUCACUUUGAAUAGAAUACCUGCUUAGACAUGGAUAAUUUCGGCCUGGGAGGAGUAGAUCUCAGCAAAGGACAAAUGUUUCAAGUACUGAUUCGUUUGUCUGUGGCUUCGCUGAUAACUUAUUAUUCGGUGAAAUGGAUGAUGAACCAGAUGGAUCCGACUAGUAAAAACAAGAAAAAAGCCAAAGUCCUCGCCGAAGAGCAAUUAAAGAGACUUGCCGAAAAAGAUGGAUUUAAACUGAAUGCGCAGGAAUUUAACGACUAUGAACUAAUGAUUGCGUCACAUCUUGUUGUUCCGGCCGACAUAACAGUCAGUUGGUCUGAUAUCGCUGGACUGGACACCGUCAUAAAAGAACUACGUGAAUCUGUGGUUCUGCCGGUUCAGCACAAAGACCUCUUCAAGCGUUCGAAACUUUGGCAGGCGCCCAAAGGCGUCCUUCUCCAUGGACCACCGGGUUGCGGCAAAACGCUGAUAGCGAAGGCAACGGCAAAAGAGGCGGGUAUGCGCUUUAUCAACCUGGACGUUGCAAUUCUUACUGAUAAGUGGUACGGGGAAUCCCAGAAAUUGACUUCCGCCGUUUUUUCGCUAGCAGCGAAAAUUGAGCCAUGCAUUAUAUUUAUUGACGAAAUCGAUUCCUUCUUGCGAUCUCGCAACUUGAAUGACCACGAGGCCACCGCUAUGAUGAAGACUCAGUUUAUGAUGUUGUGGGAUGGCCUAAGCACAAACACCAACUCGACGGUGAUUGUUAUGGGCGCCACUAACAGACCUCAGGAUCUUGAUAAGGCCAUUCUGCGACGUAUGCCAGCUCAGUUCCACAUUGGCCUCCCUACCGAGUCACAGCGAAAUGAGAUCCUGAAAUUGAUAUUACAAACGGAGGAAAUUAGCCGAGACGUUGACCUAAAUCGCUUAUCCAAACUCACAAAUGGAUUCUCGGGAUCAGACCUUCGUGAAAUGUGCCGAAAUGCAUCAGUCUACAGGAUGAGACAGCUUAUCACAUCUAGUGAUCCAUCCGGUGCAGCCUUGGAUCGAAAUAAUGUUAGCAUCACUAUGGAUGACUUGCUAAGCUCGCACUUGAAAAUUAAAGAGUCUAAAAUGCACACGGGAAGCUUAUUUUUAGAGAAUAGAAUCGAGCUAGACUAAGUUCUUUAUUGUUGAUUUCUUGUGUCAAUAUAAUAUAUCAAAAAGUAAAGGUAAAAAUAAAGUUAAGUAAAAGUAAA